CUGCUGCCCCUGCCCAAACCCAGAGCCAGGAGCCUCCUUGCUGCUCUCCCAGAUGUGGGUCACAGCCUCAGAUGCCCCCCCCCACAGUGCCUGACACCCACAAAUGAGUGGAGCUGGUGCUGCAGUGGUGGGAGGAGACCUUGGCCAUGCUGGGCCUGGGGUAGCACUGUUAAGGGGGCAGGAGGACCCAGCGAGCUGGGGGUGUUGUGCAUGUCUCCUCACCCGCGCACCUGCCACUUCAUGGGUGGAGGCAGUGCCAACUCGUCCCACCAAGUACCGUCUAGACCCCAGGCGGGGCCACAGCAGGUGGGGGUGGCUGCCGUGGCGGGGAGAUGAGAUGAGGCACACAGGAAGUGAAGUGGGGAGCUGGUGCAGGCGACAAAGGCACUGUGCUUCAAGGUGCCCAAGCUGCCUGCCACCCCAGACGGUGGAGCUGCACUACACCCCGGUCUCGGUGAGUGCUACUCUGGCCUCCAGACGGAGGACCCACACCACGUCCUGGCCUUGGUGAGUGCCCACUCGCUUCCGGCCUGCCAGGGCCCCAAGCUCCUUAGUGCCUUCCUAGGACAGCUGACCGCUGGAGUCUGGGAGGACUGGGCCCUACUAGGUCAGGGCAUUGGGACUUGGGCCCUCUGUUGAGGAAAGCCCACUUGCUGGGCCUGGGCAGACUGGCCCUCACCUCCAGAGACUCCCCACCCCGUAGCUCUGUGCGACUGGACACUUGCUCAGCUCUGCCCCCGAGCAGCUCUGCCAAGACUCCAGGAAGUGGGCAUCCAAUGGUAGCAGCAGUGGGAGGGGAGGGGUGGCGAGCCCAGGGGAGAAGGGGAGUCCAUGUUCAGAGUAGCCCCUCCAGCCUGCUUGACCCCCCAGCUUCCCAGCCCCUGGGGGGCCAGUCUAGUUGAUGGCCAGGAGGCACCAUCUGGAUAGGAGCCAUUCUUGGGCAGGACGUGGCUGUAGGUGAGUCUGUGGCCUCUGGCUUGCCUUCCUGGGGUGUGACUUGGGUCUCAGGUUCAGCCUGUGACCACAGCAGGGCCUUGGUCAGGCCCCAUGCUUAGCCAUCAGUUGGGUCAUCCUUGCCAGCUCAGGUCCUUGUGGGGGCCAGGCAGAGCACACCUCACACCAGCACACCCCCCCCCCCCCCCCGGCAGAGAUGGGAAGGUGGGCGCCAAGGCGUGCCCCCUCGGCCUCCGUAGGAGGGAGGAGCUACCGAGACGGGGGUUUCCUGUGUGCUGAGUCAGCGCACAGCGGGAAAGGGACCUCCUGGCAGCAUGAGACACAGAAGUGGGGCUAUCAGGUGGGUUCCCAGUCCCUCAGCCUCCAGCACCAGUCUUCAGCUUGCAGGCUCGUCCACAUCUUCACAGGAUGAGGCUACAGGGGUCCUCAGUCCCUCCUGCUCUCUGGGUCCUAGGGUGCCUCACGCUGCUCCUCUGGCUGUGGGUGUUGUGCACAGCCUGCAACAGGUAUGUCCAUCUCUGCCUGGCCUGGGUGGGGCCUGGCUCAGCUCUCCAGCCAGAGGGGGCGGGACUCAGGCAGGCCCAGCAUGGCUCUGUACACAUACUUCCUGAUGGGCCUUGGACCGGAGGCUGUCAUCUCUGACCCAUGUCUCUGCCUCCCUGGGCUGAUGAUCCUCUGGCACCCAGGAAGCAGGCACGGAGGCAGCUGUCCAGGCUGCAAGGCAGUGCAAUGCCAGCAGAAGUGUCACUGCUAAGACGACCCCACCACUGCUCCCUCAGCAAGUCAGACACCAGGCUGCAUGAACUGCACCGCAGCCGGCCCUGUAGCAGAGCCCCACGGCCUGCCAGCAUGGAUCUCCUACGUCCACAGUGGCUGGAGGCAUCCAGAGGCAUGACCAGGCCCCCGGCACCCUUCUCACACCAGGAGCUGCCCCUGGCUGCGCCCUCCACUGGCCCAGAGGCCACCUAUUCCAACGUGGGGCUGGCAACAAUCCCCAGGGCCAGGCUGGCAGUUAGCUCUGGGGUGUGGGCAGGGGCACGGCUGACCAGCAGCUAUGCCAGGCCUGGGCCUGAGGCCAGACCUGUGGUAGCUGAGUAUGCUUGUGUCCAGAAGUUCAGGGGAACAGAUCAGGGCCCCCAAGGCCUGGGGCAGGGGAAGGUCGAGGCAACCCCACCCACUCAGGUGGACAUCCUGUAUUCCAGGGUCAACAAACCUAAAAGGAGGGACCCAGGACCUGCCACAGACCAGCCAGACCCCAAAGGUGGGGGAGCAAUUUUGGCUCUGGGGAGUGACCCAGCCUACGAGGUCCUCCCUCUUGGGGGCCUGGCUAUGGACAAGAGCCUCCUGGAAAACGUGUAUGAGAGCAUCCAGGAGAUGGGAGCACCUCUGGAACAUCCGAGCUCCAGCUCCUAUCAGGAAAGGACGUGUGCAGAGCACAGAGACACUUUGCUUCCUGUCUAAGCCUAGGGAGGGGUCUUCAUCGCCUCCCUACCCUGAACACCCAAUUACAGAUGAUCCUUCCUCCAGA